AUGGACGGCUACGCACAGUCUAAUGUACAGACAUCUCCAUUCCCCACGUCACCAUGUGGCGAGAUGCACUGGAGUAAAACACAGUUUCAGAAUGGACCGAACUAUAUGGACGGAUAUCAAGAUUUCGACCUCCCUCCACUCAACACGAGCGUCGCCACUCCCUAUCAGUCAAUAGCCAUGCCCGUCGAUGCGCUCUGCAACAUGGUGUCGUCCGUGGGGAACUAUCACCAGGGGUUCCACCCAUACUGCACAUUCCCCGGUAAUGCGGCGAUUACGCCGGCGGGCUCAGAUUCCGACUCGCAUCUAGACUCUGCCCUUAACUCGACGCGGAGUCAGAAUAGUAAAGUUCAAUCUGUCAAGCGACGACAACAGAACAGGGAGGCGCAGCGCCGAUUCCGUGAGCGAAAGGAUGAAGCUCAGCAGGUACUCGAGCAGAAAGCUGCGAAGCUCGAGGCGAGGAUUGCGGAGCUGUCGAGCGGGAUGACGCAGAAGGCGGAGGAGGAGUCGCGGAUCCUGAGGGAGAAGGACGCACUGGCCAGGGAGGUGCGAGAUCUACGCGAGCGAUGGCAGCUUGUUGAGCGGCUGCUGCAACGGCCGAGUGGCGCGCAGACUCUAUCUACAUUGCUUUCGGGGAGUAUAGCGAGCCCGGAGGCGAUUUCGGAUACGGUUGUAUCGUAG